GGCAAGCGUUCCUGUUGUGUAACACCCCUGAUCGUUCAACCCCCUCUCUAUUACGCACGCAGACGCACUCUCGUUCAUGUCACACGCUGCCUUCGCGCAAGUGUCACACCACACCAAACAAGCACCCGCUACCCAACACAAGAAGCGCUACCAUCCCAGCCCACCAUCACAACCAUCAGCCAACCGUCGUCACUGCAUGAUGCACGAGGAACACCCAACAGAAGACGCUAUCAUUAUCACGGAGCACGUUGAGCGCACCCAGGCUCAACAACCACAAGCAGAUGGGUGUGGUGCUCCUGCUCAGAGCGAAGACGCAGGCUCGACAGCAAGCGCAAGCACAGCAAGCAGCAGCCCAAAGCGCGGCACGUUUGUUGCCUAUGGCGAGUGGGGGAAAACCAGAUGCACGUACCACCGGGCCAUUUCAAAAACACACACGCUCACCUUCGACAAGGCCAACGAGACAGACACGGCCCUUGCUGCCUUCGACUACUGUGUGCGGCGGCCACCUGUCUUGGCGCGCAUUGCGCAGAGCGAGCCCGGCAACAUCACCUGCACCCUGCAGACGUCCCCGGCCGUGCUGACGGUGACAGGUGUCACACGCGAGCAGGCGGCUGCGCUGGCAGAAGAGUACACCAGCGAGCUCAUGGAGGCGUACUGCGAUGCCGUGGCUUUAGGUCGAGGCUCCCUCGACUUCAACUUCUACAUGCACCGCUUCUUUGAUGAUGAGGAGGAGCACGUUGGCGAGCUCGAUGCACACGAGCACUCGGCUUCUUCACGCACCAGCGACAAGGACAUCAACUCCAGCACCUGCAGUGAGCACAGCACCGCAAGCGACAGCGACAAUGGCAGCAGUGGCAGCGUGGUGAGCAGUGGCGACGAGGUGAGCGAUGCAGACAGCGGUGUUCACGGCUCAGCCCACGCACCCGGUAAGAGCAGCGCCAAGCACGCUGAGCACGCCGAGCACGUUGAGCAAGCGACACAAGCAGCUGCUCGAGCAGUCGAGACGCAGGUCAUCCCUGUCGACAUUGCGGGGAUGCAGGGCGAGCUUAAGCUGAAGGACGACGACGAGAACUUUGCACUCGUCGCUGCUGCCAUCCACCGCGGCCUGGAACGACUGCAGUUCACGAAGGACACGGCAUUUGCGGCUGUGGGCCCGAAGAUGCCGCUCAAGCCGUCCGCAGACGCCCCAGCUUUGCUUCAACAGGCCAUGUGCGCACAGCUGUUGCGCUUGAGCCAAGAGGUGGGGGAGGGCAGCGAGGAUGGCAGAAACGAGGACGACAACAAACACCAGCAGCACCAGCAGCAGCAGCAGCACCAGCAGCAGCAGCACCAGCAGCAACAGCAGUUUGGUCUGAAGAAGGAAGACGACAAGGUAGACGAGGAAGACGCGGCAGGGUGCCACAAGAGUGCGGCGCGUGAGUUCAUCAUUGCGUCCACCGACCCAGCUGCACUAGAGGCUGCGCGUGAGGCUCUCAACCACGCCCUUGCAAACUUCCGCCUUGAUGUGCCAGGUUAUGCCGACCUUGCCGGUUCUUGGGACCAGAUGCUACACAACUUCACGCAUCACGCCGAUACGCGACAGAGUAUUUUGGAUAUUCGGGGCAUCAAGUUUUACCGCACAUGUGCUGUUCCACCUGAGCUGCGGCCUGCGCUUGAUAACAUUGAGAUGGUGUGGCUGCAAUCAUAUCAGCCCCCCACCUUGAAGCAAUGGAAGUCCAUGGUCAGCCUCCCAAACAUCAAGAUACUUGACCUCAACUCGCCGCGAAACACAGCAGAGCUGUUUGAGAAGGUGAAGGCGACGGGCGACGAGGAGCUGGUGCGCCGCUUCAAGGAGGUGACGGUCCUGUACAACCACACGGGCCUGAGCCCCGAGGAGGCAAAGCGGCACCGAUACCGGCAGCGACUCGCGUCUGCGUUUGACGUUUUCACCAUGUUCGGGCAUGGCCGGGACUGCGAAGCGUGCAAGCAGCGCGAGAUGAGCUGGUGGUGCCUGUAUGACAAUCCCGGCAACUGCGAAGGCGUCGACUUCUAUGACCCCGACUACUCGGACGGGCUUGACUGAGAUCAUGAGAUGGUCUGAAGGUCUAGGAGGAUGGUGAACAUGAUGGCAACAUGGCUAAGUGAUGUGCUCGUGCCUGUGUGGGACACGCAAGGAGUGGGGCUGGCUGUCAAAUGUAUGAUUGGUGGAGUUUGCAACACACGACGUAUGUUUGUCCCUCCAAGGCUGCGUGGGUGAGUGUGUUUGGUGUCGUCUGCAGGUGGGCUGCUUUGAGAGUUCGAGUGCCUUGAGAUGAAUACAAAAAGAACUAGAGAAGAGAACAAG